CAGGUUGUCAAGAGACAUCAUUUACGCACUUCCCUCCUCCCAUUUCCCUCCCCACCUCCCCUCUGACGUACGAAAAGCACAAGGCCGAAAGGGGAGCUAGAAAGAGGUGAAAAAGGUUCGAUUCGUUGAAGUUGGUAGUCCUCGCCAGAAAAAGGCAAGUCCUCGCUGGCCAAAUCGACGAAAAUUGGUUCCCCGGAACAAAUGGCGGAGAUGCCCAUUGUUUCUCAUCCAUGGAGGUCUUUCUGACAAUGGGCGGCCCGCGAUUAUUCCCUGUCAUGGAUCUCUCCACGCCUCUCUUUCCUCUUCCGUCGUCGUUGAAUGCGCGAGUUCAGCGGGAGGCCAUAUGAACUCCGCGGAGCUUUUGUUCUGAAAUUAGGCCAGGGUAACUUUUUUGGUUUGAACAAAUUUCGGUUUCCGGUGAUUUGAAUCGCUGAAGAAGGAAGCAAAUUAACUCUUCUCGAUGUCGGUUCCUGGAGAAUUGUGGGAUGUGAUAUGCAGCUGAGGAGAGGUUUUUGAAUCAUUGCUUGAGAGGAGAACAGAAGCAUCACAUAGAUUAUAGAUUUCAGGGGCGUUGGAGAAGAACAGAAGUAUUGAUAUUGGAUCUUUUUUAUCAGAAGCUUCUGCAAAAAGCUUAAAUUUCAGGAGUUGCAGCAGGAAGCUAAUUAUGGCUAAGAAAUCUCAAAAACGGUCUCCGCGAUUGCGAAAGGAAAAUUCAAGUUGUAUGGGGGGUUUGAUCAGCAUGUUUGAUUUUCGCCAAGGACGUUCUGGUCGAAGGUUGCUUUCAGAUAAAAAGUGUGGGAGUGUUCGAAACUUAGGCAUUGGUUAUUCUAGUAGCCAAGACGAUCUCUCAUGUAAUAUUGGGGAAAAUCAUGGGGAUGCUGAAAACUUGGCUUACUUAUCUGAUGCUGAAGCUGACGAAGCUGACAUGUUUAAUUUGGGCGUGGCAAGUAUUAAAGAACUCAUGGAAGAGGAAAUGUCAAGAACGCACCGCUCCAGGAAAGAUUCUAGUUCCAAAAUUGAAUGGUUAGAAGUUGAAUUGGAACUUGAAACCAAUGCUGAGAGAAGUCGCAAUGAGCAAGAUGAGAACUUUUUGGUAGGUUCUGAUGAUCAGUCCAAGGAUUUAGAUGUUUCUACAAAAUUGAUAUUCCAACAGUCUGAUUAUCCAAAUAUAUCAGAGGUUCUUACUUCAGACAUGGAUGUGGCUGCAUUCAUGGUAGAUUGCUGCAGCACUAGCUUUCAAUUCGAAGAUAAAACAGAUCAGCGUACUUCUCAUGUAAGCAUUGAAGAUCUCAAAAAAACUGAACUUGAAGACGAAUCUGUGACUAUUCUUCAGAAGGCCAUUGUUAAUAUAGCCAAGGUUAUUAUAAAACAAAAAUCCAUCAGCUCAAGCAAGGUUGUUGGAAAUACAGACGUCCAGCAAGCAGAGGAAUUCAGCCAUUUAUUAGAGAUGCUGAAUUCAGACAAGGAUUUGUUUCUAAAGCUUAUUGAAAAUCCAAAUUCGCCCAUCCAAAAGCAAAUUGAAGAGCUCCAGAAUGUUCAAAUUGGUAAAACUUCUAACGAUGAAAAUCAAUUUUUGGGGGAGUUUCAAGCUUUAAACCAGACUCAAAAAAAAGGUGGCCACCACUUCUUCAUGAGAAGAGAGAAAUUAACAGAAGGAAACCAAUCAAAUGACUGCAGCGGUGCUAAAAUUGUAAAUAGAAUUGUUGUUUUGAAGCCCAAUCUUGUUAGAAAACAAAAUCAUUCAAAUACAGUUCAUUCUGUACCUUCUAUUCAAUCAAAUUGUAGCCUUGAAAACAAGGAAGAUGGAGAAAGAAUUUCAUCCCAUUUUUCACUCAGAGAAAUUAAAAGAAGGUUCAGAAAUGCAGUUAGUACAAGCAAAAAGGAGAGACUCUCAAUCACCAUGGAUGGCAUUCUUCAUAAGAUCCCAUAUGGUAAACAGAUAAGCAGUAAGAAUAAAAUUUCUUGUAGUACAGAGGCCAUUGAAAGUGAAGAUGAAAAUAAAUCAAAUACCAAUGAAAUGCAAAGGAAAAAUGAGCUUUCAUAUCCAACCAAUACUGUUAGUGGACACAAAAUAUUGAACAAGAAUGCUGCGCCCCAAAAGCUGUAUAGAGAAGCCGCCUUCUAUGAUGAAGCCAGAAAACAUCUUUCUGAGUUACUUCGGAUGGAUAUUAAAGCUGAAUCAUUAUCUGCUAUUCAAGCAUCCAAAUCCUUGGGAAAAAUACUUUCUUUUCCAGGAUUUAACUAUUUUUCCCCACGACUCAGCCCGGCAAUAGGAAAAGAACUGAAGUCUCCCCAGGAGAAGACAUCAAUAUUUCUAUGCCACUAUAAACAUAAUUUUGGUGCAAAAUACUUGGGCCCGUCAAGACAAAAAGAGAGCUUCCCUAACUCUAGCAAGAGCCUGGAAGCAGAAAAUGGGAGCAUGGAGAUUACAGAAAUUGAAGAUUAUAUCCAAACCGAGGAAGUAGAAGCCCAUUUUGCAUCUAUUAGCAAUGAAGAUGAUCUUCACGGUAAAAUUUUCAUGGAAGAAGGAUCUUCUGCGCCAUUAGAGCCAGUAAAAAUUGAAGAUGUGUUUCAACCAUCAACCCCCACUGCCUCUACUUCUGUUGUACUACAAGAACCAAGAGACGCGGAAUGCACCAUCGAUAAUCCUGGCCGUCCAAGCCCGAUCUCGGUUCUCGAACCCCUUUACUUUGAAGAUUUAAGCAGCCCUGCAAGCUUCAUAACAGAGCAUGGAACCAAUGCUGAGGGGAAAAUACAGCCCAAGGAAUCUCAAACUGAUACUUCUGUAGCUGCUUCAGACUCAAUAGAUUCAUGGUUUGAUGAAGCUUCAUUGUUUGAUGAACUGGAAUUAUCAUAUGGUUCGUUGAUAAAUGAUCCAAAGUUCCUCUUUGAUUUAAUUGAUGAAGUGGUUACUGAGAUCAAGGAAAGGAAUUUCAGUGGUACACCUUGGGCGACAAUCAUCAAGCCAAGCAUUAGGCGGAUACAGAAACAGGAAGAUUUCAUAAAUGAAUCAUACAGAAGGAUUAACUGGCAUUUAGAUGUACAAUUUCCAACAAAAAUGGAGCAGGCUGUGAAGAAAGAUUUUGAUGGUGGAGUCUGGUUUAAUCUUCAGCUGGAAGCUGAAGAUGCGGUUAAUGAGAUUGAAAAUGAGAUUUUGGAUUAUUUGUUUGAAGAAACAGCUCUGGAGUUGUGGGAUUGAUCUGAUAUUAUUUGUUGUUUUAUAUGUUAAAUAAUGAUUAAGAAAAGCUACAGAGCCGGUUAGCAUAUAAAUAAUUAGGGGCAUUUACAUAGACACCUCUCAAUUCUAUGUAUUUACAUAUCUAAC